AUGCAUGAAUGUAAAAUAGCCAAGCAGAAAAGAUGUCUGCAGAGUAAAAAUGAAAUUGUCUUUUCAACACAUGUGCUGAAGCCAAAUCCAUUCCCUUCCCUUUCCAGAAAUAACCAGCAUGAACUGGCACGGGCGGGAGGGAGCCCGGCCGCAGCUGAAGCUGGUCCCGGCGGCGGGGUUGGCCCGGGCGGCGGGCGCUGGGGCCUGGGCGGGCCGGCGGCUGGGAACCGAGGCUGGGGGCGGGCGGCCUCGGCCCCUCGCGGUGGUCGGGGAGGGCUGUGCUCCCGCUCCGGGGCAGUCCCGGGGAGGAUGCAGCCGGGGCCCCAGGGCGCGGUGGGCGGCGACAGCUGCAGCGGUAGCCACUCCCCCGGGGCGCCUGGGGCGGGCGGCGGCGGCGGGAGCUCCUCAGCGCCUCCUGCGGGAACCAGGCCCUGCCCGCGGCCGCGUCGCUCCCGCUGCAGCUGCUCGCGGGACUCGCCCGGCCCUGCCCGCGGGGUCCCGGCUACUCACGCCCUGGUCGCCGCCUGCGCCACCCCUGGUGACCAUUCUCCGUGCAGCCCCGGAGGCUGCGCACGUGCCCUCCCCCAGGACACGCCCGCGGAGCUCAGGCCCUUUCUACCGGCACGCGGAGACCACGCUGCAAGCCCGGGGCGGCGAGGUCGGAAGAUGGCCUGGGUGCUACAGAUGGAGGAGGUGAUCGAGUCCGAGCUGGUGCACGACCUCGCCGCCAGCCUCUCAGACAGAGUGCAGGAUCUGGGCGCCGGCGCCUACAGCAUGAGGGAUGUGUUGGCAUUGCCCAUUUUCAAGCAGGAAGAUUCCAGCCUCCCACUGGAUGGUGAAGCUAAACACGCACCUUUCAGUGGGUGAUGUGUGCUGCAACAUCACCAGCAAUAAAACUGCCUGAUGAAACUCGCACUUACUUCAACCAAGAAUGGAGCCAUCCAGGAAUAUGAGGCAUUUUGAAGAAUGGAAGUCAAGUACCAAGGAUAAUGGAAUAUAAAGAUAGAAGAAACUGGUCACUGAUGCCCCCGUGGAGCUGCCAUAGCAGCCCAGGAAUGGUUGCCUCUGGACUUCUUCUAAAUGAGUUAGAACCUGAAGAACUCAUUUGCUUCAAAAAUAAAGUAGUCAUCAAGAGGACAGAUGCAAAGAAAUAUGAAGAGGAACUGAAAAAGAAAAUGAUUCGGUGGACUCAACUGGACCCAGGCAAGGUAGUUAAAUCUUUUUAGGAUUUACAUAAAUAGAAGAUUACUGUGAAAUGAAUCUGUGUUCUUCACUGACGUUCAAGAGAAUCACCCAUAAAGCUAUUCAAGAUUUGAUGGUGGAUAUCUGUUGCCAUACUGUGAUAUUCUACCUUCAGUUUAACUCAAUAGCUGUAGGAAAAUGUGAAGGGUCAUUGCUUGAGUUCCAACUUGAAAAACCUCCACAAAGCUUGUAUGUAUCCUUCUUUUGAAUCUUCAUUUUAAACAAUAAAACUCAAGUUCAGCUAUUGCUUCUCAUAGAGGGUAGGUCUUCUCUGAUUUCUAAUGUGACUGUCACUACUCUCUCUUCUUCAAUAUUUCCCCAAGUAGAAACUUCUAUUUAUUUAUUUGAAUCAGUGAAUUCCCAGUUUCUCCUUGGCCUCAACAGACUCCACAGAUGGGAUAAAAUUUUUUUAAUUUACUGUACUUUAAGUUAUAUUUUUUGAAAUUUCUCUUUUCUAAUGAUCAGAAAUCCCAAAGAGGCCUUAUUUCCUGAAAAUGAGUACAAUAUCUCAGUGGCAUGAGCAGCAUAAAGAUUAUUUCUUCAUAAAGUCUAUUUCACACUGUUGAGGGGAACUUUCAUGGUGAGUCUCAUGAUUCAAAAUUUCUCCUUCUCUUUGUUCUUUGCAUUUGUUCUUACUCUUCAAGUUUACUUUCUUAUCCAUGUUCUCUUCUCUUUCUGCCCUCUUUACACUGAAUCUAUUCAUUUUCCCCCAGGGCUUAUUUUUCUAGGAUUAUUGUUCUGCUUCCAAAUUCUUAUCAGCUAAUUUCAUCAUUUUGGAAAUCUUCAUAUUGGUCUCUGUUGCUUUUUCCUCCUUGAGAACAGGUCAUAUCUCCCUCAUUCCUCAUGUGUUGAUUAAUCUUGGAUUUUAUUCUGUGUAUUAUGAUGUUAUGUUGUGGGGAUUCAAGAUUCCCUUAUAGUAUUUUGAAGAGUGUUUUAUUUUAUUUUAGGAGGCAAUUAACUUUUAAAUUCAAAUUGCAAACUCUGCUUUCUGAGUGACAGAUAAAAUCUUUAUUUAUGUAUCCACAGUUGGGUUUGGGUUGCAUAAAUUUUGCCCUGCUCAAGUGUUGUUCAGUAGUUAGUUACACUUGGGAAUGGCUUAAAUACAGACUAAAGAGAUCUCCUUUUAAGUUCUCUCCUUUCUGGGAUCCCACUCUCCCUUUCUAGUAAAUACAGUUUCUCUGAUGCAGUCUUCCGUUUCUUCAUCCAAAAGCACUGUAGACAUGUUGUUUGUGUAAGGGGAGGUUAUAAGAAUUUUAGCCUCUACAUGUCUCCAAGCUAAAAGCCAAGAAACUAGAUACUUCACUCAUGCUGUCCUUUUUUUCUUGAAAACUUUACUCAAGAUUCUCUCUGAUUUUGUUCAGUCUUCUAUGACUUCAGGUCACAGUGUUUUUUAUCUUCCCUGAGGUCACAGUUGUUAACAACAGGAGGGUCGAAUCCCAUAAGACCUCCUUCAGCCAUUAGAGAAGCAAAACUCCUGGUCCUCACUUAUUGCUCUCAGAUAACUCCUCUCACAUUCCUGAGGACACAGACACACAUUUAAAAGAAUUACCAUAGUUUUCAGGAAAUUUUUAUUGCCAUUUUUCUUACAUAAUAACUUAUCUUUCUUUAGCAUUUUGUCUAUAGACUAUCAACUUAUGAAAGUACCUAAUUUUUCUCAAAAUACUGGAUAAAAUUACCAUAAAAACCAACCCUCCUUAUCUAAUGGUGGAGUUUCCUUAACCUCAUUAUUGUUCUUUAGCAUCCUGCCUUUCUACUGAAGCUAGAAAUAAUGAGGCCUGAUGGCAUGCCUCUCCUCACAGUUCCCAGGCCCCAUCCAGGCCAGAUUGAAUCACCAAACUCUGGUGGAUGGAUUGACAUCUACCUCCUAAGACUCACAUGGGGCUCUGAGAGAUGCUUCUUUAGCCUGAGUCUGGGAGUGGAGUGGAGGGCCUGAGCUGAUGGGACAGAGCUUGUCUGAAUAUUGUAUAAAGUGUUUAUUAAUGAUGUAUAACUUGAGUUAUUAAACAUAAACCAAAGGGUAAGGAAACAUGGUAGUGUAAUACCAGAACAGUUCCCAUAAUGUCUUAUUCCUCCUUGGUCUCAGGUUGAAAGGCAAACUGCUCUAAUCCACACAUUUUUAGAUGAUCACAAUUGAUGUUUAGCUGAUUGUAGUUCUCAGUGAUGGGUUUCUAGCCCCUUAGGAACUUAGAUGAAUUCAAGUUUUCUGAGAUUCUAGUUUUAUUUCAAAACAUUUAGUGUGUCAUUUAGGUUAAAUCCCCAACUUCCUCCAUAAAUUAUGUACUAUAUAUCCAUAGGUUAUAAAUGCACUAUUAAUCCAUGUCAAUUUGAUUUUCAGUCUUAUCAGCUGACUUUAUUACCUUUCCUUCACCAUCACAAAGAUGUUAUGUUCCACAUUUUAUUUAUGAUAAUUUCAUUCAGGUGAACCAGUUACUGAAUUAUCUAAAGCCCCUGAGACUCCCUGGACUGGUCACCCCAAGAGUUUCCCCUGAAAGCAGCAGCAGGUCAAAUGGGAGCUCUGCCUCCAGGCUGGACUCCAGGACCCUGACCUAGUCUUUGACUCAAACAGCACAUAUAUGAUUUGGUUAUUGAGAGGAACUGAAGGUGACUGAGUGUUGACCCAACACAUCUACAUGUUGGAGCACAGCAAAGCUCCACCUCCUAGAACAUUCCAGGAUCUAAUUAUUCAAGGAGAGCAAUUUUCCACCUGAAAAAGAGGUGGGGGAGUCUUGGGAAUAAGAAGCAUAAAAUUUAACAGUAUGGGGUGUAUAUAAUAUCAACCAUUCCAUAUCUUCUUAAAACACACUCAACAUUAACUACCUCUUCCAUAGGGAGCCACACAUGGCAAUGAAAAUGGGCUGUAAACCCCUGCAUCAGUGAAUCUGAUGGUGUGUUCAACAGAUGUGUCCUGUGUGGUCACACACUGACUGUGGGGACUACAAUCACCCCCAGAGCUCUAAGUCUCCCAUGAUUGAAAACACAUGUAUACACACAGACUCAAUACAUUCAGAGGCCAAAACAUACAUGCACAAACAUGCGCAUUCCAGUACACCCUCACACUCAUGCACAUACACACCAUCAUACUCACCCACUCUGAAACUCAUACAUGAACACACCUUCACAAAUACACACACUGCAUUCACACCCUUACACUCACAAGCAUGAGCAGCCUUAAUCACAUGUGUGUGUGCACAUGUGUUCCUAUUCUCUCACUCACAAAUGCAUGCAUACUCAUACUCACAUUUGGGUACACACUUCUACACAUACAUGAGCACACCUUCACAUGUGCACUCCCAUGUGUGUACACUCUCAUACUCCAUGUGUGCACACCCUCACGUUCAUGUACACUAGUGUACAUACCCUCACAUGCAUGCAAACCCCCAUAUACUUGAACACACCCUCAUGUGUCCUUCUGGAUACUUGCAUACAGGCAUGCUCACACCUACAUGUGACCACACCCUCAUAAACACACACACUUACACACUCACAUGCUCACACAUUUAAACACAUGCACAGCUGGCCUUUGUAGAUAUCUCCAGGCAACCCAGACUUGCUGAGUGGAAUCUUCUGGACUUUAUGUCCAGAUCAGAGCAGAUCAUCUGACCCCACAGAAUACAUAGUUUUCCAGGGAUGGCUUCUGAGGUCAGCACCAUUCUGAAAGCCUGAGAGCUCCAGAAGGCUGGGCUAGGGACAGCCAGAAUUUCACUGUGUAUUCAAAGCCACGGUCACCAAGUGGUAUGGGGGUAUGUGUGUGCACACAUGUGCAUGUGUGUUGAUGCCUCCCAGAUGGAAGGAGACUGUUCACUGGAGGGCAAGAAGAGCAGAAAACAAGAGUGUAUUAUAUCCUACUAAUAUCUAAUAUAUACCUUCACUACAUAAUGUGUAUAUAGUUUCUAAAUUAUAUGUAUAGCUAUAUGUUUAAAAUAUUUUUACUGAUAGGAAAUUAUCAAAAAGUUAAGAGAUGAUUAAAACCAUUUAAGCUAAAAUGAUUUACAUAUAUAUGCUGGCAAACAGAAGCUAUAUUAUUAAAUCAAAUUUAAAAAUGCUUAAGUCAUGAAGAACUCAAUUAAAAACACCAAUUGCAUCUAUAUUUUUCUCAAUUUUCUAGAUGGUUCAUAUCCCAAUACCUUUUAUAAAAAGCUGUCUCCACCAUGUUUUCACAUACAAAAUAUUUUAUGAAAAUUGGCUUUCUGUAAAAAAGACUAAUGAAAUUCCUCUCUUACUCAACAUACAUGCAAUCAACUUUUAAUCCAAAGAUUUAAUGACAUGUAAGCCUAUAACUUCACAUAUAUUUAUAUAUAUAUAUAUAAAAUGAUAAAAUAUCCAAAAAUAAUCACAUAACCAUGAAAAAAAAUUAAUUUCACAAUAAGGAAAUAACUGAAACUAUGGUGACUCAUAACUUUGGAAAUUUCCUAUAUAAUUACUUGUUGGAUCCUGCUUUCAAAGAUACUAGCUUUUUGUAUAUAUGUUGUGUUUCACAUUAAGGAAAUAGCUGAAAAUGUGGAACUGUAACCUACAAUAUUCUUUGAAAUUUGUUCUCUAACUACUUGGUAAAUUGCAGUUGAAAAGCUGUCACAUGUAUGUA